CUUAGCUUGUGUGUGUGUCUGUACCCAAGGAGAUGACUGUGGGGAGGCCUGCGGGAGUCUCCGGCGGUGCUCGGAGCCUUCAGAUAUUUCCCCCGAAAUCCCCCUCAGACAGAGAGGCAGAAGAGGAGCUGUCUGGGAAUGGGCUGGUUUUGUCGAGGGCUGGCAAACUUGAUGAGUUCCUCAGCCUAGAGGAGACAGAUUCUACUUCUCCUGACUCACCUGGGAGCUUUUAUGAGACCCUGAAAGUGCUAAAGCAGAAAGGCAGGUGGUGCCUGUCAGAAUCCUCUCACGAGUCUGAGCCAGACAGUGAUGAGAGCCUCUCUGAAGAUGAUGAGGACCUGGAGAGUUUCUUCCGAGACAAAGGCAGGGGGAAGCCACAGGCCCGGGACCCCGCGGCUCCGAGGUGUGGCUCCACACGACGCUGCAGCUCCCUGAGCAACGUACCCUCCGACAUUCCCAAGUUUCAGUCCCAGUCGCCUGCAGGCUCCAGGCCUCCUGCCCAGCACAGAAGCAUCAGCUCCUGGGCAUCUUCCAUCACCGUCCCUCAGCCAUUCCAUAUGACGGUGCGCGAGGCCCGGAGAAAGGCCCGGUGGCUGGCCUCACCUGCCUCCUUCGAGCCUGAGAGGCAGCAGGCCCAGAGGCAGGGCCAGGAGGAGGCUGAGUGCCACCGGCAGUUCCGGGCACAACCGGUGCCUGCGCAUGUCUACCUGCCCCUUUACCAGGAAAUCAUGGAGCGUAAUGAGGCCCGAAGGCGGGAAGGGAUCCAGAAGAGGAAGGAACUGCUCCUCUCCUCUUUAAAACCCUUCAGCUUCCUGGAGAAGGAGGAGCAACGAAAAGCUGCUCGACAGAAGGAAUUCACUGCCACUGCUAAGGCCGAGGUCUCCAAACAGAAAGCUACUAGAAGGAUUCCCAAGUCCAUUCUGGAGCCAGCCCUUGGGGACAAACUCCAGGAAGCCGAGCUCCUCAGGAAAAUCCGCAUCCAGAUGAGGGCGCUAGACAUGCUCCAGGUGGCCUCCUCCCCCCUCGCCACCCCCAGUGGCACAGCUAACCCUCGGCCCCGCACGGCCACGCGAACACAGGAGGAAAAGCUUGCGUUUCUGCACACUGACUUUGAAUUCCAGCCUCGGGUGAAUCCUGCUGUCCCUGACUAUGAGGCCCUUUACAAGGCCUUCCAGAGAAGAGCUGCCAAGGGAAGGGACACCCGAGAGGUGACUCGCAACAAGCCCUUCUUGCUGAGAACCGCCAGCCUGUGUCGCACUAGGCGGACCUGUGAUUCUGCCACCACUGGAGGGAGGGAGGACUCUCCACAGAUACCUGCCACACCCCGGCCAAGGAGUCGUUCCCUGAGUGGCCUCACUUCCCUCUCCGCCAACACCCUGCCCGUGCACAUCACAGAUGCCACCAGGAAGAGGGAGUCUGCAGUCAGAAGUUCACUUGAAAAAAGGGACAAAGCAGAUGAGAGCACUCAGUGGCUGGAGGCUCACAAAAAGCAGCGUCAAGCCAUGUCUAAGUCUGUGGCCUUGCGUGCGAAAGCCAUGGACCCCCACAAGAGCCUGGAGGAGGUGUUCAAAGCAAAGCUGAAGGAAAACCGGAACAAUGACCGUAAAAGAGUAAGAGAGUAUAAGAAAGAAUUGGAGGAAAUGAAAAAGAGAAUACAAACAAGGCCCUAUCUCUUCGAACAAGUUACCAAGGACCUUGCCAGGAAAGAAGCAGAACAACGGUAUCGAGACACCCUGAGGCAGGCGGGGCUGGACGAAGACUUUGUGAGGAACAAGGUGCGGGGCACCAGGGCUGUGCAACGGAAGGAGCAGUCAGAAGUCCACGAUUACCGCAGCACCCAUGAAACUACAAAACGAGGCAUCAGAGGUCCACAGCAGGAUUUGGAAGAAUCUCUAGAGCAGCCUACAAGCCCCAAGAAAGAACAGGAGGAGCUGUCUUAUGAAUUGCUAGAUAAUCUGAAAUCACUUGCCUAACCAGCGCUCUUAAAAUUACUGCUGUCCAGUACUAUGAAGCAGCCAGUGUGGGGUUCGAUCAGUAAAUCCACGUGGAGCAGCUCAGGGUGGAAGGAGCAGAGCCGAGUUGUGUCCUUACUUUGUGCCUCGCACUCAGAUGUGCGGACAGAAGGGCGCAAGCCUCAACGCCCCCAAGGGCUGGUCAGAAAGUAAGUGGGUCAGGUGGGCCAGCUGUGAGACAACAGCAGGAGCCUCUGCUGGAAUACGGACCUAGAUCAACUGCAUUUUCAACAGAUGCCAGAAACCCACACAUUGGCAACUAAUUUAAAAAUGCCCUGGAUGCCCUGGCUGGUGUAGCUCAGUGGAUUGAGCGCGGGCCUGCGAACCAGAGUAUCGAGGUUCGAUUCCCAGUCAGGGCACAUGCCUGGGUUGUGGGCCAGUUCCCGGCAGGGGACAUAAGAGAGGCAACCACACAUUGAUGUUUCUCUCCUUCUCUUUCUCCUUCCCUUCCCCUCUCUCAGAAAAUAAAGAAAGAAAAUAUAUUUAAAAAAUGCCCUGGCUGGUGUGGCUCUGUGGACUGAGUGCCGGCCUGCAAACGGAAAUUUCACCAGUUUGCUUCCUGGUCAGGGCCCAUGCCUGGGUUGCGGGCCAGGGCACGUUAGGGGCAAGGCAGCCAGCUGAUCGAUGCCUAUCUCACACACUGAUGUUUCUCCCUCCCUCC